GCAGCUAUACCUGGCUGGUCUUCCCGUCAUUCUGCACUGUCCUGCAAGCAGAUUUUGGAAGCUGGGGACUCUAAAGGAGACGGAGAGUACUGGAUCGACCCUGAGAAAAAUGGAAGUUCUUUAAAAGUAUUUUGUGACAUGACAACUGAUGGAGGUAAGCACUGUACUGAUAACUCGUUUCUGCAAUAUUGGCCGUGUAUAGAAGAGCGACGCUGCAGGGAAAAACCGUCGGGGGGUUUGUCCCUGAGGAAAAAAAAACAAAACAAAACACACGCGAAAUAAUUAAAUACAGUAAAAACAUAAAAAGAAUGCUACUGACAAACGAGGACAAACGAAAACAUUUGCGUUAGGGGAGGAGUUUAAGGUGAGGCCCGCAUUUCAAGUGAAAGUUUCAAAAGGCUGGAGCCAAACACUUCUAGAGUAGUACGAACUGAAAUACAGAGAAAAACUCCAGCUUGUUGUCGAAGCAGGGUUUCAAUCUGGAGCCAAUGAGGUGAUAACAAGCCAACAAAACUAUUCUGCUAUCUUGUCUUCUCUAAGUAGAUAAGGUCGGUAGGGGGAGAGACCGUACCUUUGCGCUGUGGUGCAAUGGCAUAACUAGAAGUAGCCCACCUUUUUGUUGUAAGAACAACAGAGGGUCAUGGAAGACUUGUUUGCGGUCUCCCAAGAAAUGUGAUUCUUAUUUUCUUUUUUAAUUUCUGGCAGGAGGCUGGCUCCUAGUCUAUAACGUUAUUGCUGGGGGAACUGUGCCCCCAACCAACUUGACAAUUGAAAAGACAUAUAAAGGAGUGAGUCGUUACAGCAACAACAGAAUGGUUCUCUCUCCUGGCGGUAUGCGAAAGCUGAGAUCCUGCAUAUCUUUCACUCAGCUGAGAUUCCACUGCCGUAAACAGCAACAUGGACGAACGUUUCAUGUCAAAACGGCCGCGAACAGCUCUGGUGAAGCUGUAGUCGGGUUUUUCGGCGGUGAUACCGACGUUAUUCCCAAAGCCUGUGGUUCAUUUGAAAAACUCAAGGGAGACAACUCAGUCCUUGCAAGUAGAUGCGUGGAAUGGGGUUGGGAAAACGGCGCUUAUCAUGUUGGAAAAUGGGGACUUGAAGGGUAUAAGGAGCUGUAUAUGUACUCAGCAUUCAUUUAUGGUCACCAUCAUUGGGUCACGUGGCCAGGCCAUGGCAGAUGGGAAUGUGAUGACAGUCGAAACGAUUUGACGCGCGGCGACUUUUGGAAGAUUUAUGUCCGUUAA